ACUGAAUUUAUUACAGUAGUUAUCUCUAAACCCUCUGUUAGAAUGCAUGUGAUAGUCCUUUAAUAUGCAAUGGCCCCCUCUCCCCCAAAAAGAGGCAUUUAGAGGCAUCAUGUUAGAGUUUUAAGUCACACCUUUAGUGAAUUGUCUUGUCAGAUCGGUAGUACAAAUAUGGAUGGAGCUCAAUAUAAUUAUAUUUUAAGAAAUAUUUUCUCUAAAUUGAAAAUAUUUUGUCUGUUUUAAAUUUUUUAGCACUCUGAACAUUAGGCUUCUGAAAAAGGUGUAGAAAAUAUUUUUUUAAAAAAAUGCUAGCUUAUAUUAGCUAAAAAGACAUUCUGGGGUUUCUCUGAUAUAGAUUAUAUUGUAAAUAAGUUCAGUACUAGAUUUUCUUAACAAAAUAAUUCCCAUCCUACCCCAUCAUUCCUUUUGCUUCUCUUGCUAUGGAUUUUAUAUAAUCAUGUUUUUCUGGAGUUUAGUUGAUUUUUUUUAUACAUAGACAAAAUGAUCUCUAAAAUUAAUAUUUGUUAAACAAGCCUCCUGAUAGAGGUAGUAGAAUAGAAGCCAUUUACUGUGGCUCUUUUGUUCCCUGUUGGACGUGUAUGAUAUGUUGGUUUAGAAAUAAUUGAAUAAUGGAUACAAAACACAUUAUUUUCUAGCAGGACUUUCAAAGCAGUUCCUGCAUUUUAAUUCUGACUGUUCAGCAUGAAUUCUUUGUCCUCCUUUCUGCUGCCUAUAAAUGCUGCUUUUGAUUUACAUAGUAAAUUGCAGUGUCAAACACAUCACUUGAAAAAUAAUGUAGUUUUCACUUACUGUAUAUUUUUUGCUAGUUUUUGAGCAUGACUAGAACAAAGAGGAUAUACAUUUAGACCCUAAUUGAAGAGUUGAUUAUGUGAGUACCUCCUUUGACCUUGAGACUCUCCUUCUGAAUUCAGCCCUGAUUGUUUCAAUGCCUCAUUAUUUGGGUUUGGAUGCCAUUUACCAUACUAAUCUGGUUUGGUAGUCUGGCAAAUGAAUAUGGCAAUAUUUCUAUAGUUGUACUAUGAGGAUUGAUGUCUGUUUUAUAGUGAAUUUGCUGUGUUUUGAAACUGUCUAAUCCCAUAUGGAUGCUACUUGUUUCUUGUUACAGCUUGUUGAAAGAAAGGACAAAAUAGACCCAAGUUCAACAACUAAGUUUUUUGACCAGACUGGAUGAUUAUUCUUACUUGUAAUAGGAGCAGUUAAUUUAUGGCAAUAUCAAGCUAAUUUUAAGCAUUUUACAAAAAUCUUUACACCUAUGUUAGUGUUGGUCUAUGAAGCUUUGUUCUAGUUUAAGUAAUGUGAAGAACAUGUUUUUGAGUAAGGGCAAUGAAUUCAGUGAAACAUUAUAGAGGUGUUAUCAAUGGGAGUGUAAGAUCAGUUCAGCUGUCCUUGAUACCUUGGAAAAAAUACAGAGCCUAUUUGUUUGUAUAAAAAUAAAAGGAUUCUACAAACAUUUAUCUCUUGAUGUGUUGCCAAGAGCCAUUGUGUUCUGGUGGGACAGCUCCCAGUACUAAGGAUUUUGCUUGGCUGUACUUUGGGCUCCUUGUUGAACCAAGUGAGGUGUAGGAGUUAGCACACUGUUCAAGGGUGCUGCCUAACCAAAAUGCAAUAAAGUGCUUGUUAAGAGGAAAAUAGAGGGAUUUUUCAGGACAGGUAGUGUUGUAAUCUGACAGGUUAGGUUACUGUGCAAUCUAGGGGACCCCCAAGACUACUUCAGAUUAUGUAGAAGAGGAGAGCUGAGCUAGCUGUGUUGAAAACACCUAACUUGGGCAAAUAAAUGCUCCAUUACUUGAAUAGUAUUGGGCUGGAAAACCUUCCUGUUGACUGUAAGCUAAAAUAUUUCUAUAGAUAAGACCCAUGGACAUUUAAAAUGCACAUUUUACCAUACACAGAGUCAAGUGACGUCAGGAUUCAGGGUUUCAUCCAGGCUCUGGCUGUGAGUGUACAUCUCAUGGUUUUACAAAGGGAAAUGGCCAAGUCCAUCACUAGGUGCUAGAGUGACUUGCCAGUUACCUUAGGCAAUUCCAUGUUUGGCUCUCUGGUAGCCCUGUGCUCUUUGGGCCUCACUGGUGGUGUUAUAGCAUUCCCUUGGCAAAGCUGUGCUUGACCUGCUUGUGAUCAGCAUGUGAGCAAAGAGCAACAAAUAGAAUGAGACAGGAUGUGGCAUCUGGUUUUAUUAAGUGGUCUCUAAUUGUCUUUGUUCUGUGAAGCCUGGAUGCUGUGCUAAGCAUGUAAGUUGUCCUGCCCCUCUUAGUCAGUAGUCUGAAUGGAUCUUUAAUUACCUGAGCAUUCAAUGAAUCUAGAGAAAAGUUAAAAUGACAAUAAGUAUUAAUUUGAUUCCUAGCUAGAUGAGCUUUUCUAAAUGUUUCCAUCACUCUUGGGGAUUUUUAGGUAUUGAAUCAUAUGUGUGGAAUUCUUCCUAUUUAGGGAGCUGGUACAGAAUCUUGCCUGUUAUGUUUUUAACUUCUGUGAGUGCUUUAUGCAAGAUCUCCUUAAUCUGCUGAGCUUGGCCAGUGAGCUGUGGGUGACUGUAAACCCAUUAUUUAGUGGGUUUUAUUAUUUAGUACUAUUUAGUGUGUGGGGGUGAAUAACCCAGGGUUCCCAAACAGCACUUCAACAAUGGAACUACCUUUUCUUCAUGCAAGAAGGCAGUGUUUGCUCCUCCAGGGUGCUGGUAAUGGUGUUUCCUGUCAGUGGGCUCCAGCUGCACCCCUCUAAGAUUGGGCUUUACACAUUCAAUGUACUGAUUAAAUUUUGCAGUAUCAGUGCAAGAAUGGGCUUCAGACAAAAAGAUUUUCAAAUUGUAUUUAUAUAGGCAGGUAGAAGUGGAGUAAGCUGCUUUUGGUCUUUAGUGUUAGCUGGGACCAGUCUUCUCAAUUAAAACAAAAUUGGAUGAGCUGCCAGUUAUUGGGAAUUCCACUUCCAAAACACAAGAUGUUCCUAUAAUUGUAAUCAUGAAGAAUUUUGAUUUUGAUCCUGAUAUGAUUGACAUUAAAAUAAAUUUAUAGAAAUGGCACUGUGAGAGUUCUUAUUACAGCACAAUGAAAAAUACAUAUAUACAUACAAAUACACACAGAUGCCUCUGUGUAUUUCCUCAUUCCCUUUAAAUUUCAGGGUAAAUUCCUCCUAUUGCAAAAGCUCAACAGUAAAAGUUGAAAGUUUCUGCAGCAACAGGAGUAGGUCAUCAACUGCAGAAUGAGGAAAACUGAGAUAAUUUGGCACCAUCUCAGGCUCCACUUGAAGAGUAUAACUUUGAAGUUUUAUAAUAUUUAAAAAAAGUAGUAGUUGAAUUGUUUAAACUGACUCCAAAUCUGUUUGACUUCACGUCAUCAAAACCCCAUGCCUGAAACCCAAAAUCCUGGAGUUGCAGUUAGGAGUUUAUGCUGCAAAAUGCUGGUUCAUUCUAACACGAUGGUUUGGCUUGCUGCAGACCACACUGAUUUGUGUGAGCAGCAAAGCAUUUUUUAUCUGACUGAAGGCAAGUGAUGGAAUUACCUCUUUAUAGUCAUUUAGCCUUGUGCAAUAGUUGGCUUCCCCUUGUUUAAAAUGGGGGUUGUGAUUAUAAAAGAAUGGUUGGGACAGAAUGUGUUUCUGCUCUGCCUGGCUCCCCACUGGUACGUGUUCUGCAGAGAGCUGAGCCUUACCCUGUGGCAGAGUGAGCCAGAAGCACGGAAAGGAGCAGCUGCCUUUCUGGAAUGCCUCACCUGAGAGGCUAACUGAAUUUCUGCUGUAUGGGGAGACAGGGAAAGGAGGUCAGCAUGGUGCUUGCAAGAUGUGCACAAGAAGUGCUUCAGAGGCAAAAGGGAGGGGUUUGUAUAAAUAUUUUUACAUAUUCUUCUGGAGACUGGCAAUAGCAAAUGGGAUUGAGCUGUGAGUGAUGUUCUUGCUUUGGGUAGUAGAGGAUUGUACCUUUAUGGGGAAUUGAGUAAGGGAUACAAAUACAGAAGAAAAAAAUCUAAGGGGUAUAAAGGUCAUGAAAAUGGAAUUUGGAGUAUAUGUGCCAGCUGGCUUUGUAGGAUUUGAAGAACUUAGAAUGUGGUAUAAUUAUUUGUGAUUAAAACGGUUAAAUACUUAACUGUGUUCAAAAUUUCACUGUUAAUAGGUAUGAACUUUGAGUUAAGCACUAUAUUAGGUUUGCACACAGCUUAUCAGAAUUGUUUACUGCCUGUACAUUGCAAUAUGUGAUACUGGACAAAUACUUUAGCUGUUCUUAGAAUUACCUACCAUCAUUUUAUGUUCCCCUGUAGAUGUCUUAUGUGUGGUGAUAAAUGCAGUGUGUGGAACUUAAGUGUAGUGCAGUGUUUUAGCAGGAUUUCAAGCAGUUUAACAAUUUACUAGAUCAUCAGAACUUUUUUGCUGUUCGUGUUUAAUUCUAUUUUUUAUACAAUGUCCAUAAUUGUGGAUUUGAGCAUAUUCUAAGUGACAUGGCUAACAUCUGUCAUGUGUGAUUCUCCUUUCUGCUCCCUGGGAGGAAAAUUAUUGAGAGAAAAACGCAAGAGUCUCUAUAUAAACCACCAUCCUCCUGGGCAGUUGAGAAGGAAGUACAGUUCCUGCUCCACUAUUUUCCUGGAUGACAGCACGGUCAGUCAACCAAACCUCAAGUAUACCAUCAAAUGUGUAGCUCUUGCAAUAUAUUACCACAUCAAAAACAGGGACACAGAUGGAAGAAUGCUCUUAGAUAUUUUUGAUGAAAACCUUCAUCCCCUUUCGAAAUCCGAAGUGCCACCAGACUAUGACAAACAUGACCCGGAGCAGAAACAGAUUUACCGCUUUGUCCGGACGUUGUUCAGUGCUGCUCAACUGACUGCUGAAUGUGCCAUUGUCACCCUGGUAUAUCUUGAAAGACUCUUAACUUAUGCAGAGAUAGAUAUCUGUCCAGCAAACUGGAAGCGAAUAGUACUGGGGGCAAUUCUACUGGCAUCGAAAGUGUGGGACGACCAGGCAGUGUGGAACGUGGAUUACUGCCAGAUCCUGAAGGAUAUCACAGUGGAAGACAUGAAUGAGCUGGAACGCCAGUUUCUUGAGCUGUUACAGUUCAAUAUUAAUGUUCCCUCCAGUGUUUAUGCCAAGUAUUAUUUUGAUUUGCGUUCCCUGGCAGAAGCGAAUAACCUGAGUUUUCCCUUGGAGCCCCUCAGCAGGGACAGGGCAUAUAAACUUGAGGCCAUUUCUCGCCUGUGUGAAGAUAAAUACAAGGACUUCAGGAAAGCUGCAAAGAAGCGGUCGGUCAGCGCUGACAAUCUGACUGUGGUUAGAUGGUCCCCUGCAAUUAUCUCCUAACAGAGGAGACUGGAAUAUUCCUACGGACCUACUGUUUCAUCCAUCCAUUUUUUUCAGAGUGGGCUGGGGGCGGGGGGAUAAAGAAAAAAAGACUUUUGAUUUUUUUAUUUUUAAAUCUGUCGAGCUGCCUUUACAGUGCCUCCCCAUUGUGUAGCACACGAGUGAAAUGCCUAACGGAAGGAGAAAUGCAGAAAUCGGUGUUCGGGAGAGAAGAUCGGCAACAAUUAUUUUCUCACUUCCACUAACAGCUUUACACUUUUAUGAGGAAACAGCAAAUCAGGUGCUUGGAAGAAGAAACAAAAAAAAAUGAAGUAGAGGCAGAAAAAUAUUUAAGAACUCUGCCAUUUUCUAUUAUAUUGUACUCAUGAAGGGAAAUGGCAGCAUGAAUAAAAACCCAUGUAGUCAGAUGACUGUGCACUAGAGGAAUGACAUUGGGAGAGUUUCAUCUUAAAGGUUUCUCUUAAUAUCUUUUUGUUGUUGUUGUUGUUGGUUUUUUUUGCAUUCCUCAUUGCUGCUUCCCAGGAUAAAUUCUUCCCCUUGCACAGCAGGAAAUACAAAAUCUGUAUUUACAGUAGCACAAGCCCCUGAAUAAAUAGUGUUGGGUUUUUUCACUGCACUUUUCUCUGUAACCUGUCUUAUUAGCAUUAUUCUUCUUAAUUAUUAUGCAUAUGUUACAUAUGUUUCUUGUAUGCCUUUUAUUGUAUUUCAAAAGAGAGAACUUGACCAUAGUGCUGAACCAAAAGUGUGUACAGGGAUCAGAAGAUCUUUGUAAUUUCAUGAUGUGUUUUAUUUAUAGUAUACUUGGGUGCGUGUGCCUUCCUGAGUUCUUGGAAUCAUUUAUUUUUUCCUUAAUAUAAAGAUACAGUUGUUAAAGUCUUGAGAUGAUGAUGAUAAGACUUGGGCCAAAUCUCUGAAAUUUGCAACAGAUCUUGUGAUCCUUUUCGCAGAUUUUCAUAGCAUUAGAAGUUUAGCAAAAUUCGUCCAUUUUGAAGGAGAUUUUUUUUUUUGUGGACUGACAAGUUCAUUCCUUCACCUCCAGGUCCAUUGUUGCAAGCAAUAUUCUCAAUUUUUAUAUGUUUACUUUAAAUCAAAGUGAGUCUGUUUGUAUAAAAUAAAAAAUAAUAAAAAAAAUUGUUCCAAUGAGAAGGCCUCUAGAAGAGCAGAAUGGAAAUCUUAAUAAGGUAUCUGUCACAAGGAGAUUUGAUUUUGAAGCUAAAUACAACCCCUCAUGUUUUUCAGUGUAGGUGCUUAUAGAAAUUAAAAGUAACUGAACUGUGAAUAUAAUUUCCAACUCAGUUUAUUGAACUUCUCUGUUGUUAUUAUUAUUUUGCUCUUACUGUGGCUGUUCCCCCCUUGGCAAUUGUAAGAACCUUUAUACAAAAUAACUUGUCAGUAUAAGGAUAUUUGCUUCAUACACCACAGGGUGAUUUUUUCCCCCAGUUGUUUUUUUGUUUGUUUGUUUGUUUUUUGUGGUUUGUUUUUUUUUUUUUUUUUGCACAGUUUAGAAAGAUACAGCUGAAAGCUCUCAGUUCCCUGCAAUGUGUCCUUGUGACUGUCGCUGAAGGGAAUGGCCGCAGAUGUCCCUGAUUUGUGCACUACUGUUGUAACCCACAAAGAUUCCAUGUUUUUGUUAAGCCCUAUGGGCUUGUAGCUUCCUGGGGGCCCAGAGAUGCACACCUGGCUCCCAGAGCGAUGCUGAUCCAGGGCCUCCGGGCCAGGAGGCACCCACAGGAUCACAGCAGAGAAACCAAACAGCUUCCUGUCAGCUUUCCAAUGGGAUUUGUUUAGUUUGAGACAUGAAGGCUUUGUCCGUAAAUUCUCCUGAUGUUCUUUGGGCCUUUAAAAUAAUCUAAUUCUCAUCACUUCUUGUUGUGCCAAUGCAUCAGAACUGUGAGUAUCCAAGUCCAUUUUUCCCUUGAACAUGGAAUGUAAGGCAAGUGUUUAUAACAAAUUACAGCAUUUGAAACCUCUUUACAGAUAGUAUCAAAAGGAACAUUUUCAGAACAUUUGAAAUUCAUCCUUUAUAAGCAUAAAUUUAGGCUUUAAAAUAUGUAAAAUAUUUUGAUUUAUCAACACUUUGCUAAACUAUUUUCCAUUUAACUUGAUAUCAGGAAUAUUGGUUUUAUCCAUUUCUGGGUGAUAGAGAUAUGAACUUUGGAUUAUGUAAAGAUAUCAAUGCAUCUACUAUAAUUUUUGUGAAGUUUAUUAAACUACUUUAAAGAUUGUAUAGUCUAUUUAUUGUAUGUAUGUACAUACAGUCUGAUACUUUAAAAAGUGGAUUCCGUAAAACCUGGCUCAGUCUUGUUUAGACUAUUGAAUAUCGUUUUAGCCUUGUGCACUGGACUCUACCUCUGUAUAGGAGAAUUUUCCAUAUUCUUAAUUAGUACUGAUUCUGUGAUUAACUUGGUUAUGUUUCUUGCACUAAGAAUUAAAAAAAAAAAUCUGCUGUAAGUGUGGAUUUUUUCUUUAGUUUUACCAUAUGAAUCCUCUACAUUUAGAUGGAUGUUUGACUCCCUCAUGGUUAUAGAGUAAUUCUUUGCUUUUUCUUCUGGUUUGUUCCAGGGUUGCCAAAAAAUUCAGUACCUGUCAGUAAAUCUGAAAAGUGUCUUUUGUUUGCAAGGUAUUCUAUACCAGGUAAUUAAAAAUUAAUUAUUAUUUAGGCUUAUGUUGUGUUUAGUGUAGUUUUUCAGCAUUACUGUAUGGAAAAUACCAUUGCAAAGUUAGAGCAUCACUGGAGAUGUAAGAAGGGAGGAGAACCAUAUGACAUUUUGAUUAACAGCACAAAGACAUUGUGUUUUGCUGUAAAUGUUUUCUGGAUUAAGGUUUUCAUUAUUGCUUUGGUCACCGGCUCAGAACUGAAAAGGUGUAGGAGAUAUAAUAAACCUGUCCCUUCAAGUA